AUAUUUAUGUUUUUGGUAGUAUCAAUUUAUGGAGACAACUAUACCCAUGUGCCAAGUACAUGCUUUGCUCCUGCCUCGUCCACCCACGUUCGCCACCGGCACUUCGUCGAACACCACCACACGCCGCUGCCAUGGCCGCCGCCAAGCCCCUCCUGUCCUUCCUCCUCCUCAUCCUCCUCGCCGCCGGGUCCGCGUCCGCCUCAGCCUUGCCUGGCGGUGGCGGCCACCUCCCCUUCACGCUCCUCCCCGCCGACCCUGCCGCCGGGUGCCGCGGCUCCGUGGGCGAGUGCCUGGCCGGCGACGAGCUGGGACUCGGUGAAGAAGGAGGCCUCCACCACGGCCGCGUCCUCUACCGCUCCGGGUACAUCAGCUACGGCGCGCUCAGGCGCGACAGCGUGCCGUGCUCCCGCCGCGGCGCCAGCUACUACAACUGCCGCCCCGGCGCCCAGGCCAACCCCUACCACCGCGGCUGCUCGCGCAUCACGCGCUGCCGCGGCUGAAAACUUGGCUUGGUAUCUUUGUGCUGCCACUAUUGCUCCUCUUCGCCAUCCGAAGGGAAAAAAAAUUGAUCUUACUUGGUUUCUGUGUGUUCUUGAGUGUUGCCACUUGCAAUGUGCUGCUCUUCUGCAAUUCAAGUGAUGUUGUUCCUCGUUUUCAUGUUAUUUUGGUGCUAUUGUUAAUGCUGGCAGUCUGUAUUUCUGAGACUAGUGCGAUGUAAUGUUGUGAUUCAGGUAAGGAGAUCGUGGCCUAA